AAUCUUUCAAACAACCCUAGAGAGAGAGAGAGAGAUGAAGAAAAACUUAGCAUUAUCAAUAUUUCUUGUUGCUCUAUUCAUCCAAAACCAGAGCAUCUUUCUUGAUAUUGAGGCAGCUGGAUCAAGAAAUGAUGGUUUCAUCACAACAAGUGGAGUGCAUUUCAUGUUGAAUGGUAGCCCUUAUUAUGCCAAUGGCUUCAAUGCUUAUUGGUUGAUGACUUUAGCUUCAGACCCUUCUCAAAGACCCAAAGUUUCAGCUGCUUUCCAACAAGCAUCUUCCCAUGGCCUUGCUGUUGCAAGAACUUGGGCUUUCAGUGAUGGUGGCACCACUCCUUUACAAUACUCCCCUGGUUCUUACAAUGAGCAAAUGUUCAAGGGGUUGGAUUUUGUGGUGGCUGAAGCAAGAAGAUUUGGGAUGAAACUGGUUUUGAGUUUGGUGAACAAUUAUGAAAACCUUGGUGGUAAAAAGCAGUAUGUGAAUUGGGCUAGAAAUCAAGGUCAAUACAUAACAUCUGAUGAUGAUUUCUUCAGAAACCCUGUUGCUAAGGGGUUUUACAAGAAUCAUGUUCAGACUGUGCUCAAUAGAUAUAAUACAAUAACUGGAGUUGUGUACAAGAAUGACCCAACAAUCAUGGCUUGGGAGCUCAUGAAUGAGCCCAGAUGCACUUCUGAUACAUCAGGGAGAACAAUUCAGGCAUGGAUUACAGAAAUGGCUGCACAUGUGAAGUCCAUAGAUCGAAAUCACUUGCUAGAAGCAGGUCUCGAAGGCUUUUACGGCAAAACCAAUUCCCGAAAUCCCGGUUUCGAUGUCGGAACCGACUUCAUUUCCAACAACCUGGUUCCCGGCAUCGAUUUCGCCACCCUUCACUCCUAUCCCGACCAAUGGCUAACGAGCUAUGACGAUCAAUCUCAACUCAAUUUCCUCAACGAUUGGCUAAGAACCCACAUUCAAGAUGCCCAAUACGUCCUCAAGAAACCGUUACUCUUGACGGAAUUCGGGAAAUCGGCUAAAGAUCCGAAUUUCAGCACAUACCAAAGAGACAGACUAUUUAAUUUGGUCUACAACAACAUAUACAUGUCGGCAAAACACGGUGGUGCGGCUGCCGGUGGCCUGUUCUGGCAGCUUCUAGCAGAAGGGAUGGAGUCAUUUGGUGAUGGGUACGACAUAGUUCUGAGCCAAGCCUCAUCGACCACCAAUCUUAUCAGUCAACAGGGACACAAGCUUUACCAGGUUAGAAAAAUAUUCGCUAGAAUGAGAAACGUGCAGAGGUGGAAGAGGGCUCGUGCCGCUAGACGGGCUCAGUGGUUGGCUUGGAAACGAGGCCUGAAACCUAUCGGAAACUAACGAUGAUAUAAGUUACGAGCAAUCUUACAAGAAAACUUUUAUAUUUUGUGUAUCGAUCUCUCUUAGAGAUGCAUAAUGUACGUCCAGGAGGGUGGCUUUGAAAUCAUUGUACCGAUGAUCAAGAAAACGUUAUAUUUGUGUGCCUUGAAAUGAAAAUUUCGUGUUUGAAA